CCCUGGUCUGCUGCGGUGCAUGCUGGGUAGCUUACCGGCGCUGUACGGUGCCUUCGUCCAGCUCGAGCUCCUCCGGUGUGUCAGUGAUGAUGAAGAGGUGAUGAAGAGGAGAAACACCGGCGGCUGCUCCUCACUCCUCAGCUAGCCUCCUAGGAGGCGUGUCCCAAUGUCAUGGCCUCCAGCCACGGCUCCUCCUCAGUGCCUCGUCCCGGUGGGAGAGGCCGAGAUGGAAUGUACCACAAGGAGAGGGAUCGCUCGCCGUCCUGCCGGCGGCCUCUCCGCUUGCUGCCGGACGUCUGCCCCAAGGAACCCACCGGUGAGGGGCGGGGCCUGUGCGAUGGCCCCUCUGUGGUGGCGGAGCACGACCGGUGGACGGUGUACAGCUCGAAGGUGAACCUCCCCGCCGCGCUGAACGACCCCCGGCUGGCCAAGCGGGAGUCGGACUUCUUCACCAAGUCGUGGGGCCUUGACUUUGCAGAAACGGAGGUGAUGCCCUCCUUCUACCUCCCCAACAUCACCAGGGAACACUUCGGAGCGUACCUGCAGGAGACGGCUCAGAGGGAAAAAAUCCACGAGCGCUGCAGGACGAUCUGUCCCAACAAAGACGACGUGGACGCCGCCUCCAGCAUCACCACCAACCAUGAAAAGUCCAGAGCGGAGCUGGAACAAGUCCCGAAGAUCUUCAUGAAGCCGGAUUUCGCUCUGGAGGACCCGGCCGUCUUCGGCGCCGUCCUGCCCUGGUCCCACUUCACCAGUGCCGGAGGGAAGAGCAGCAGAGACGUGGCCUCCUCCAAACUGCUGCAGGAGAAGCUGAGUCACUACCUGGACGUGGUGGAGGUGAGCAUCGCCCGACAGAUCUCCCUGCGCUCCGACGCCUUCUUCCACGCCAUGUCCUCGCAGCACGAGCUGCAGGACCAGCUGCAGGAGACCCAGCGGGCCGUGGCCAUCCUGCGGGGUCGAACCGCCGCCAUGGAUCGCAUCAUGUGCCAGGGGCCCCUGGAGGCCCUCCGCACCGCUUUGACCCGCAACAACUGCGUGAAGCUGCACAACAAGAUGAAGCUGAUGGCGGCGGUGCAUCAGACGCAGCCCACGGUGCAGCUGCUGCUCUCCACCUCCGAGUUUGUAGGAGCACUGGAGCUCAUCGCCACCACCAAGGAGGUGCUUCAGCAGGAGCUGCAGGGAAUCCACAGCUUCAGACAUCUUGGCUCCCAGCUGUGUGAGCUGGAGAAGCUGAUUGAUAAGAUGAUGGUGGAGGACUUCAGCAUGUACGCACGCAGCGACCUGAGCCGCAGCCUGAGGGACGAGCAGCAGGUCCUGGAGAAGGUUCAAAAACCAAACGCUGACUCUCAGAAGGACCGUCUGGGCUCGCUGGUGUUCGGUCUCCUGAGACAGAGGAAGCUGGACUUUCUGGACAUCUACAGCGACGAGAUGAUCUUAGCAGCGAAGUCCAUCGUCGCUCAGUGUGUGGCAGAAAGUAUUUUCAACAUCGAGGAAAUCGACACUGAAGUCGUCACUAAGCUAGCGGAGCAGAUGCGUCUGAUGACCUUCCCUCAGUGGUUCGAGCUGCUGAAAAGCGUCUUUGACAGUUUCCUUCUGUUCCUGCAGAGGAUCCAGGCGACUCUGAGCGUGAUGAGGAACGUGGUUCAGGAGGUCCUGGACUCAAACCACAAGAGCCGGCUCCUGGAGGAGGCGAGUUCCGGUGCCUCGGCUCAGGAGCCCCCCCACGGCCUGUCGCUCCUGCAGGGGGGGGCGGAGCUGGCCUACCUCACCCACGAGGGCCUGUUCAUCAGCGACGCCCUGAACGAGGCCCAGCAGCAGCAGGCGGCAGCACCCCAGGACCAGAGCUCCGGGCCGGGCUCCAGGACCCAGCCGGGCCGGGCGGAGGCCACAGAGAGCUCCGCCUGCCGGGAGCAAAGCCUCAUGUCUGGUGAGAACGUGAUGCCCACUGAGCUGGAGAUGAACCGUGUGAUCAACAACAUCCAGGAGCUUCUCCACACGGCGUCCGACAUCAGCCACGACCGCUGCGUCAAGCUCCUCACGGCCCGAGCCAAGGACGGCUCCCUGGAGCGGCUGAGCUCGGCGGAGUUUGUGUGUCUCUCUCAGGCGGUGGAGGGGUUCGUCCGGGACACGGAGGAGCUGUGCGGCAGGCGCAGUGUGUCCCUGAGGGGGGCGCUACAGAGCCAGGCCAACCGCUUCGUCCACCGCUUCCACGAAGAGCGCAAGACCAAGCUGAGCCUCCUCCUGGACAACGAGCGCUGGAAGCAGGCCGAGGUUCCCGCCGAGUUUCAAGAUCUCGUCAACUCCAUCGCCGACGGCAGAAUAUCACUACCAGACCGCAAAACCCCAGGUCUGAACGACAGGAAACCCACUGACUUCCUGCUCGUCAAUGGGCAGAAGUACGCUGUUGUUGGGACGGUUCUGCUGCUGAUCCGGAUCUUUCUGGAAUACUGUCAGUGUGUGACUGACAUCCCGUCCAUCACCACAGACAUGCUGACGCGUCUGUCCGACCUCCUCAAGCACUUUAACUCUCGGAGCUGUCAGCUGGUCCUCGGAGCCGGAGCCCUGCAGGUCGUCGGCCUCAAGACCAUCACCACCAAAAACCUCGCCUUAGCUUCCCGCUGCCUGCAGCUGGUGGUUCUCUACAUUCCCAUCAUCAGAACUCACUUCCAGACCAAACUGCAGCCCAAACAGUUCAGCGUCCUCAGACACUUCGACCACAUCACAAAGGACUACAACGAUCACAUCUCAGAGAUCUCAGCCAAGCUGGUGGCCAUCAUGGACAGUCUGUUUGAGAAGGUUUUAUCCAAGUAUGAAGUCAAGGCCCCGAUGCCCUCAGCCUGUUUCAGAAACGUCUGUAAACAGAUGGCGAAGAUGCACGAAGCCAUUAAUGAACUUCUCCCUGAAGAACAGAGUCAGAUGUUGUUCCUGAGGAUUAAUGCCAGUAUUAAAAUGCACCUGAAGAAACAACUGUCUCGACUCGGGGUCAUUAAUGAUGGAGGACCACAGCACGGGUUGGUGGUCGUGGACGUGGCCUUCUACACGGAGAACGUCCAGGCGCUGAAGAGCCUCGAGCGGCUCGACCUGAACAUGGCCGAGAUCUGGGAGCAGAAGAGGUGAUGGAGGAUGGAGACGUCCAGGAUCCAACCCACUACCCCCCCGACUCAGUGACGGAGGGCCAACCCCCCGGGGUUCCACAGGGGCCGGUUGAGGGUGGAGAAGGAGCAGGGACCAAAAACACAAAACUGGAGAAGGAGCCUCCUGGACAGCUCCAUCCGCAAGAAGCUAAAUCCUCCAUCACACGGAGGAGGAGGAGGAGCCGCUGCUGCCUCAUCGCACUGAGCAACUCAACUGAACACUAGUAAAUUAUGAGACGUUUCAGGAGCGCCGGGUGAAAUGGAGUAAUUUAUUCUUUGAAAACAUUCACUACUGUGGCAGAGCUUCUCUCCAGCGAGCUGAAGAGAAGAUUUCAUCGUGUUCUGGGUUUGAGGGAACGGAAUAAUCUCAAAGAGUUCACGAGGUUCUCCAGACGUUCUCCAGACGUUCUCCAGACGUUCUCAGUCGCUGUGGUGAAAACCUGCGGAUGUAAAAGAUUCUUUCAUUUUUAUACUUGAGACAAAUUAUCUGGACUUUGUUUCUUUGAGGUCUGAAGGAAGCUGAACAGAGUUUAAUGAAAAGGUGAAAUUAAAGAAUUAAAUUCAGAUAAACGAGGUUCAAACUGUGAAAGAAUCUAAACCCUCAGCUACUUCCUGUCGUUACCAAAGUAAAAUGGAUUUGGGAAUGUAACUCUUUAAUUUCAUUUUUUCCUCUUUAAACAAAUCUUACGUGUUGAUUCAGAGACGGUGAAGUUAAUUUUUUUUGUUAUAAAUGUAGAAGAACAUGAAGCAUGAAUCUCUGCUGUCGACUCAAACUACUGUUGAUCUCCCUCCUGCUGUUAUUGAACCUUCAUGAGCUUUUUGUUUCCUCUCAAAUGACAGAACAGAAAAUCUGCUUUUAUUGUCUAAACGGAAUUCCCCCCCCCCCCCCCCCCCCCCCCGAGCUUCUCGUGGUGGACGCCGCUCAGGUCACCGGAUCACAAACUACAUUUAGAGAUGGAGACGCUCUGUUCUUUCACAUCUGAUCAAACGAUCAUCGUAGACGUCAGAAUUGAUUUCAAGUUGUCAAAUGAUAGUUGUUUUGAUUUUACUUCCCUCAGUGGCGCCCUCUGUGGUUAAACACAGGAACGCCGAUGUAUCGUUAACAAACAGAAACGGAUCUGAUUUCCUGUUCCUGAGUGAAGUUUGACCUCAAACCAGAAGUCUGUUGAACUCAUCACCUCGACCGGACGUUUCACACACCAGCUUCACUUCAAUGAUCUGUUUGUGAUGUGGGAAGUUAAACGUGAAGAGAUGUGGUCGCUGCUCAGACUCAACCUGAGAAACAAAAAGCAUCAAAUGUUCAGAAGUGCCUCCUGUCUGAGCUCCUCACUACAGUGUGCCUACCAUACCACUGUGUGUGUCUGUGUGUGUCUGUGUGUGUGAGAGAGAGUGUGUGUGUGGCAGCACGUCUGAGAACCUAAAAUGUCUUGAAUAAAACAGGAUCAUGGAGA